AGGUCAAUAUAUGAUCGAUUCGUUAUGAUAUACAUCAAUUAAAGAUUAUUCAAUACAUAAUAAUGGAAGAACAAAUCCCGACAUUUCUUGCUGUGACAGGCAUUGAAGAUGAGGCAGUAGCCAAACAAUUUCUUGAAUUAACUAAUGGAGAUUUGGAAUAUGCCGUAACAUUAUUCAUGGAAUCAAAUCAUCCUCAAGUUGCACCCACCAUAACUGAUAGCAAUAAUAAUAAUAAUAAUGAAGAUGAAGAAUUGGCUCAAAGAUUACAACAAGAAGCGUAUGGAGAAUCAACUGUAAGAGAAGCAGAUUCAACUGUCCAUAGACAUGAACAAUUAAUAGAAUCGAAUUUUCAUUAUUCUGGUCCAAGUAAUUUACCUACCGAUAUGUUUGGAACAUCAAGAGGAGGAGUAUUUAAUCAAAGAUUUGAUGAAGAAGAAAAUAGAUAUUAUAGAUCGAUGGAAAGAAGAGACUCACCUGAUUCAGAUGAAGAAUAUCAUGAUGCCAAUACUAAUGACUAUGGAUAUGGAUAUGAUAAUGAAGAUAAUAAUAAUGAAGAUGAUGAGAUUAUGAUAAUUGAUUCAGAUGAACAUGAACAUGAAAGAGAUAGACCAUUAUCCCGUAGACGUAGAUUACGAGAAUCUAGAAUUAAUGAAUUAACAGCCACUCAAAGACGAUUGGCAGAAUUAUUUAGACCACCAUUUGAUAUUAUUAGUCCAAUUAAUAUAGAUACAGCAAAACAAGAAGGUAAAGCAAAUAAUAAAUGGAUUUUAAUUAAUAUUCAAGAUGCAACCGAUUUCCAAUCUCAAGUAUUAAAUCGAGAUUUUUGGUCAAAAUCAGAUAUAAAAUCUAUAAUUAAAGAAAAUUUUAUCUUUUUACAAUAUCAUCAUGAUUCUCCUAAUGGUAUAAGUUAUACUAAUUUUUAUUCAGUUGAAUCUUUUCCUCAUAUUGCUAUAUUAGAUCCUUUAACUGGUGAAAGAGUAUUAAAAUGGAAAGAUGGUGAAGUUCCUACCACUGAUAAAUGGAUUGAUGAUGUUCAAGAAUUCUUAAGUAAAUUCUCUUUACAUCCUGAUUCUAAAAAUCCUACUGUUAAACAUGAAGUAGUAUUUGAUCCAGAUACUCUUUCUGAAGAACAACAAAUUGAAUAUGCAUUAAAACAAUCUAUUCUUGCUAAUGGAGGUAAUUCAGUUAAUGAUGCAAUUCCUAUUGAAGAUAGUCAAGAUAGUGAAGGUGAAGGUGAUGAUGAUCAAGAAUCUCCACAAAUUGAACAAGAACCAGAACAUGAAAAGGAACCAGAAUCAAUCGAUCCAUUUGAUCAAAUUAAACCCAUUGAUCAUCAAGAACCAUCAAAUGGAGCAGUUACAAGAAUUCAAAUUAGAUUUCCUAAUGGUAAGAGAUUAGUUCAUAAAUUUAAUUUAAGUGAUACAAUCUUAAUAAUCUUUCAAUGGCUCAAAUACGUUCUACAAGAGCAUGCUGAUGAAUACGGAUUAUCAUCUAAUGAUAGAUUUAUCUUAUCAAAUAGUUCAGCAAAGGCAUUUAAGUUUAUAGAAUCAUUGGAUAUCAAUGUAGAAGAGGCCAGUUUGAAAAAUGCCAGUAUUUUAUUAGAAAAGGAAUAAUUAGUAUUAGUAUUAGUAUUAGUAUUAGUAUUAGUAUUAG